UUAAUUGUUAAUUUCACUUCACCCCUCCAAACCUCUACAUAAACUGCAAAACCGAACAAUUUUUCCCAACCCAUUCCUCCUAGUUCGGUUUUCUUGAUUUGGGUUUGAUAAAAAAACGAUAUUCAAUUUUGUCCAUGGUUUCCAAAAGAAGGCAAGCCAACGCCAUCGGCGGCAAAACAGCCAGAGCCUGCGACAGUUGCGUGUGCAACUGCGCUCGUUGGUUCUGUGCCGCCGACGAUGCUUUUUUGUGCCAAUCUUGUGAUAUUUCCAUCCACUCGGCGAACCCGUUGGCUUGUCGACACGAGAGGGUUCUCCUCAAAACGUCUUCAUUCAAGCCUCCACAUGAGUCCACUGGUGAACCCUCUUGGCACAGAGGGUUCACGACAAGGGCUCGAACACCAAGAAAUGGAAAAAUUUUCAUUUCCAAGCGUAAAAACUCUAAAGAAACAACACAGUAUUCGGAUACUCAUGUGCCAGAUUUGGGCAGCGGGGAGACUUCAUAUGAAGAAAACGAAGAACAGAGUUCUUCUUAUCGGGUUCCGAUAUCCGGUCAAUUUGUCGACAAUUCAAGUGAAAAUGGGUAUGGUGGGAGUGAUUUAAAUGAGUUUCUUCUCCCUUCAGAAAUGGAGUUAUCUGAGUUUGCCGCCGAUGUGGAGAGCUUACUUGGAAAAGGGUUGGAAGAAGAGUCAUUCGAUAUGGAAGCACUUGGGAUCUUUGAUUGGGAAAAGAAGGAUUCAAGAAGAAGUAUUAAGGUAGAAGAAGAAGAAGAGAAGAAUUCUAUGGUGGGUGAUUAUGUUGAUGCAGAGAUUGAUAUGGAGAAAGAAUUGCCUUUUGAAUUCAAUUUUGAUUUCAACGAGGAAGAGAAUGAGGAGGGAGGUGGAGGGAGAGUUAAGGAGGAGGAGAGUGAAGAAGAUAAGAAUAUGGGGGAAGUGAUGAGGAAGAAGAAGGAGAAGGUACUACUAUUGAGGCUUGAUUAUGAAGGAAUUAUUACGGCGUGGGAUAACCAAAGGUCUCCGUGGACUACCGGCGAUCGGCCGGAGCUCCGGCCUAGCGAGUGUUGGCCCGACUGCUUGGGGAGUUUUGGAACAAUUCACCAUCCAUAUGGAGAUAUAGGAGUAAUUGGUGGAAACACCGCAAUGGGAGACGGAGGGAGAGAAGCAAGAGUAUCGAGGUACAGAGAAAAGCGACGUACGAGGUUAUUCUCGAAGAAAAUAAGAUAUGAGGUCCGGAAAUUGAAUGCAGAGAAGAGGCCCAGAAUGAAAGGAAGGUUCGUCAAGAGGGCCGAUUUUGCAAACUAUUGAAUCAAACUCGGGAGUACCUAACUAAUAAGGAAUAUGCUAAGCAGUUAAAUAUUUUGCGGCAAAAUUCACAUAGAAUGAUGUUUUUAUUUUAUUUUUUUAUCAGACACAGAGAACGAUGAUGGUUUUGCAGUUGGCUUUUUUGUUGUUCAUGUUGUAACCCAUAGUAAUUGGUUUUUCUUUUUUCUGCCUCUGAAUUUCUGUGAAGAAGCAAUACAUCAUUCUGUUUGAAUUGCUCCA